CCAUGAAAAUCCAAAUAUAUGGAACCGACCCCUAAAAAUAAGGAAGAAAGAAAGAAAAGUCCAAAAGCAUAUUUCAUUGUUUGUAGUGAGUGCGUGUUUGUGCGCGUACGGAGAGCAUUUGUUCACCGAGCACACUUGUCCACAGCCACCCCCAGUUGUCCCCAUACCCUUGAGAGAGAGAGAAGAGAGAGAGAGAGAUUAGAGAGAGAGAGACUGGACCGAGACAAACCCAUCUCUCUCCCCAGUUGCGUGUACAUACAAUUUCUAGUGAGAGAAACUCGAGAGAGAGAGAGUAUUUCGGAACCGAUGCUGUGGUGGAAAUGGGGAAGGCCGAUAAUCAGCGACUGCCGAUUGUGCAGCAGCCUAGUGGCGGCGGCGGCACUGCUUCUAGAACCUUCCUCUGCCGGAGAUGUGCGGUGGGCCUUCGCGGACUCUGCACCCUCAAAUGCGCCGUCGUUUUGAUGCUCAGUGUCGCCGCUUUCUUCUCCGCCGUUUUCUGGCUUCUUCCUAUUCGGUACAGGGAAGUUGGCUUCGAUGCUCGAGAAUCCAUCAAACUCAGUGCCACAGUUCAAUCAUAUUUCAAGCUUCAGAAACCAGUUCACGAGCUCGUACCGUAUAUUGCAAGAUUAGAAUACGACGUCAAUGAGGAGAUAGGUGUCCCUUCUUUAAAGGUUGCUGUUUUGUCCAUGCACAAGGCAAACACUUCUAACUGCACUGAUGUGGUGUUUGGCUUCCUUCCCGAUCCAAUCAAUAGUACAAUGAAUUCAGUGGCUUUGAGUUUGUUGAAAUCAUCCUUAAUAGAUCUGUUUCUUCAACAAUAUAAUUUGACAUUAACUUCCCCUAUCUUUGGAGAGCCUUCUUCAUUCGAGAUUCUAAAAUUUCCCGGUGGGAUUACCAUAAUACCUGAGGGAGCUGCUUUGAUAUCUCAAGCCCUUGUGAAUUUCACUCUCAACAGCUCAAUAUACGACAUAAAGGAAAAUCUUCCGGAAUUGAAGGAACAACUGAAAUCUGGACUGCGUUUGAUGUCCAAUGAGGUGGUGUACGUAAAGGUAACAAACAAACACGGCUCGACGAAAGACCCACCAGUUACAGUUGAAGCUUUGGUUGCAUCUGAUAGUGGGACAAUACUUCCAGACAGAUUGAAUCAGCUGGCUCAAAUAAUUACCGGAUCACCCCCCACGGAUAAUCUUGGCCUAGAUCAUUCCGUUUUUGGGAAAGUCAAAGAAAUUAGCUUGUCAUCAUUUCUAAAUCACUCACUUCAUACACCAACGCCGACACCAACCCCAUCGCCUUCUCCAGAUAUGGCACCAUCUAAUUCUCCUGGUUUUGCACUACCACCUUGUACAAACUGUUAUUCAUCUGCACCCAGUCCAAAUAAUGCCCCUUCCAAUUCUUUAUCUCCGAUUUCUGAUUCUCCUGCACCCUCGGAUUGUUGGUCUACUAAGCCACCAAGUCCGCCUCCAACUUCUCACAGUGACCAAAUAUCUCCUAAUUUAUCACCUCGAAUAUCACCGGGUCCUUCUCCAUCGCCUAGUGCUGGAUAUGGUUCGGGCGAAAGGAGUGGGAAAGGCUUGGUGUCUCCGCUGAGUGCUUCCUCUGCAUACGACCAUUCAUCUUUUGUCGUGGGCACUUGGAGGAUUCAACGCUUCUACUUAAACGGACUUGUGGCACUUGUUGUCCUAUCUUGGAUUUCGACAUCUUCCUAAAUUGAUAUAUAUACACAUAUAUAUAUAUAUAUAUAUAACUUAUUACAGUUUUGGUGGUGGAGAGUGAAAUUGCGGUGAUAAAAAGAAGUCGACAGAGGAGCUUAAGAGAGUUGGAGGGGAAUGCCAAAAGAUGGCACACAAACCUUCACCCUUCACUGUUAUCGGGUCUGUGUGUGGCUCUCGACAUAAAAAAAAAAGAGUGAAAAAUGGUUUGCUUUUCGUUUGCAGGUUUUCCGAAAGAACAAACUGUAAAAUGUACGGGUUCUUUCUGAACUUCUGCAAGGGCCGCUGAUUAUAAUGUUAACAAAAACAGAGUAUCAAUUAACUUUAUAUAUAUAAAUAUAUAGUCAGUAAAUAAAUCAAUUACCUGCUUAUGUGCCUGCA